GGCCUCCAGAUUUCUUCGUUAUUGUCUCGGUUUUUUGGAAAGCAGCAGGUCAGAAUACUUAUGGGUGAGUGUGCCUGAUCGACGCCGGUGGUGUGGGUGGUAACAGGUUCAGCUUAGGUACGACUGCAAGGUUUACACCUUCGCUCAGCCAAAAAACAUUGCUCGUUCAUGAACUGUUCUGAUAAACAGCUCACACAGACUCAGUCAGCAUCCUCCUGAUUCCUUCAUAAUGAUCAAAACAUGGUCUGCACCCGUUGGAGUAAGUCAACUACAAAGUAUUUUUACUAAGGUAAAUCAGGUGGAAGUAAACUUUAGACACCUUUAUUGAAGGGUUACACCAGGCUCCUGGCACCACAGUACUAUCUACCAGCAGAAUAUAAUAGAGCAGAGUAACCCAACCUGACGGGUCCAUUUGAAACCAAAUGUGGCAAGUUAGAAGUCAACAGAAUGUACACAACCCGACAAAAGGUAAGCCAGGGUAGCAAAUUCCUGUCAUCAUUAUUGGAACGUAAGAUGUCUUUUUUUGGUUUGUUAUGAGUUGUUUAACUUUUUUUUUUUUUAUUAUUAUUAGAAAAAAGAGACAUGCUCAUGCAUUCUUGGUGUUGGAUCAUUGUCAGGGGCUUGGAGUGUCUAUGGCUGUACCUGAUGUGUCAUUUUCUUCUUCAAUGGGCUACACAACACUUAUAGAAAGUAUUUGAUAACCGUAACAAUGGACAUGUAGGCAUUCAAGAUACACAGGAAAAGAUGUUAUACCACGUGUGUAUUUUUCAACAGCUGCACACAAGGACCCAGUCCACCACCACCCUAAAACCAUGGAGAACACCCAGCAUAGCCAACAUACAUCUUCACGCCCCAAAACCAAGAUGCUUAACUAACCUAACCCACCCAUCAAACUGAAACUAAUCCCACUAACAAAAUCCAAACCAAACUUAACACAAAACCAAAUUAAGCCUAACCCAACAAACCAGCCAUCCAGCCAACCCACUAACACUAGCCAACCACACUCAAAUCCAAACCUACAGACCCCAGCACAACCACCAACAGAAACCAACCAAGCCUAUUCCCGCCAACAAACCACACAGAUCAGGUCUAACACAACCCGAGAACCAUCCACCAUCAUCAAAACCAAACCAGCAAGCCAACCCAAACAAACCAUAUCUGAUCCACCACCAAACCAAAGCUAACCACCAACACAAGAAACACCAACCAACCCUAACAAAGCCAAAUCAACACACCAAGCCUAACUCGCCAACCAAACCAAGCCACACUAUCCGGGCACCAACGUGAGUAUUUCAUUGAAGUUAUCAACUAGGCACCUCCCUUCAUCGGUGUUUUGUUGAAUUAGGCCCAUGACACCUCCAGAAGGCUCAAAAGUGCAAUCCAGCAUCCCAGACACACCCUUCACCCUCAACUACUACCACCACCCCCGUAACACUUCCAGGAAUCUUAAAAAACCUGAAUGCCUCCCACAGCAAACCGUGCGGAACCGACCCGUAUGCAUUCGCUAUAUCCAAGAACACCACCCGGAGAUCUUUUCUCCUUCUUGGCAGACUGAAUCUCAUGCCAGAUCAUACUGGUGUGCUCCGAGCAUCCUGGAAGCACUGCCUUCCGCACGGCGGUAUCAGUCGGCCUGUUGGCUUUCAAGGAUAAAAAUUCCACCUGCUCUCCGCCAUGACUUGGGAAUUACCCCUUCCUUCCAUACAACAGCCAUGCUACCCCGUUUGGGCCAGGAGCAGAAGAGGCCAUUGCCUGCCACGCUACAUCUCGCACCUCUCCUUGUUUACUCGGUUGGUUUGGAUGCUGCUGGUAAAACCACUAUCUUGUAUAAGUUGAAGCUUGGGGAGAUUGUAACCACUAUUCCAACCAUUGGUUUUAAUGUGGAAACUGUGGAAUACAAGAAUAUCUGCUUCACUGUGUGGGAUGUGGGUGGCCAGGACCGAAUUCGUGUACUGUGGAGACACUACUUCCAGAAUACACAGGGCCUUAUCUUUGUGGUGGACAGCAGUGACAGAGAACGAAUAACGGAGUCAGCUGAAGUGCUGUCCAGUUUGUUGCAGGAGAUUGAGCUGCAGAAUGCUGUGCUGCUGGUCUUCGCCAACAAGCAAGACCUGCCUAAUGCAAUGUCGGUUCAUGACCUCACUGACAAAUUGAGCCCACAUGUGCAACGUGGCACAACUUGGCAUAUCCAGGCCACCUGCGCCACACAAGGCACAGGUCUGUACGAAGGACUGGACUGGUUGUCUGACAAGCUGUCAAAACGCUAAGCGCUGGGUACCUGGAACAAGACAGCUGGAGGAAACAUUCACAAGGAACAGACUACACACAUUUUAGCCCAAGAGAUUUUGAAUUAUCAUUGUGUCUGGUAUACCUUGAAGCUUCGGACCUUAUGGUCUUUUCUCUGUCCGGGUUUUUUACUUAUAGUUUGGUCACUUUUCUCUUUCCACACCUGACUAAGAAAGUAAAGUGGAAUAUAUUGUUGCUUGUUUUCAAAGAGGAUGCAGUUACUGUAGAAGUGGCAGGAGGGCUGUUGGGAGAGGCCAGUAAAGUCAUGGUUGUCAUUGUGUGCUGUCUUUUAUUUUAGAGGCAGGCUUCAGUAGCUGUAAUUGUCUUUACCCCCCAAAACUGUUUCAAAAAUGGGAAAUGAGUUGUAUCAUGGAGCUAUGUCUGCCAAAUACAGGUUUGAGGAAGACUAGUUCUUCUAUAUAGGAAGAGGUCAGUGCAAUACAUUGAACAAUUCUCAUCUAUAUUAGCUGUAUCCAGUGGUGUUCUAGGGAGAAAGACUGAUCUUUUUUUUGGAGUAGUAUUAAUUUUGUUAGAUUUCUUUUAUAUCCUUGUCAUAUUGGAGGGCAGCACUUCUGAACAAUCUAUAAUGUUUCUUUUUUUGCACAUUACUUUAUUGAUGCCUUUUGUGCAGAAUGAGCAGUUGGACACUAAAAUGGGGCACUGAGGAUGAGGUCUUAAAUUCUCAUGGCCUUUACUCCUUGCAGUGCAAGUGUUCCAUUAUCACUGUUGCCUAACCUUAGAUGGAAUAAAACCACUAUGACCUAAGAUGUGAAGCAGUUUGUUGUACAAAAGGUGAAAAAAAUAAUUAAAAUAGUCAAAUUUUAUGGAAAAAGGUUGUGAAAAUAAUAAAUCAGGUUCCUGUAGACAGUACCCCAUGUAGUAAAUAGUGGGCGAAGGGAUAAAAGAAAGUAAUUUUGUUUUUGUUUUUUUUUUUUGGGGGGGCUUAGGUAUAAGACAUGUAGCGGUAGUAGAGCUAUUCUGCAUUUGCUGAUUUUCAUUAACAUUAAACCAGUCUUAACUGUGAAUUGCAUUUCCUGCACCAUAA